AACCACCACGCCCAACCCCCCGCCCCCCACUCUAACUCCCCUCCUAAAUUGUUCGGUGGAGUUGGAACUUUCAUUACUAAAACACAUUUGCAUAUAAAACCUUCUCUUUUGCAAGAAUAGCCACAAUAUAUGAUCACUACAAUAGCCAUGAAUAACCACUUCCUUUUCUUGAAUGGUUUACUGAGUAUUUCCAGCUUCAGAUCUGUGUAACUAUUUGUGUUGAAGCUACAGGCAUGAUUUUCUUGCUCUUUUCUCAAUUGGGUUCCUUUCUUUUUGGCCAUUCUUGUCAUUGAAUUGGUCAAAGAAAAAAAAAAAGAAGCUCAAGUUUAGUGUAAAGGAGCUAAAUAAAGUAGUACAUCCAACAAAAAAAAAAAAAAAAAAGGGCUGGUGGCAACAUGGAUGGUGUGGAUGAUAGAAGAAUGGGUUGUAUGGGUGGAUUUCUUCAGCUCUUCGACCGUAAUCACAUUUUAGCCGGGAAGAGACUCUAUUCCACCAAACGUUUGCCACAUUUCACGGUUCCUGAUGAUUCUUCCGAGUCCAAUAAAUUUGUUGCAUCACCGGCAGUUUCAAAGGAGCUCGGGAAACCACAGCCAAGUCCGGACCAGUCCAAGAAGGCAGCAGCAGCAGAGGUCAGCCCUGUUGAGCCGCCAUCUCUUUCUGUCCCGGUAGAGACACCGACACCGCCAAAAUCACCACUCCCUCUUCCCAUGUUUGAAGUAAAAGAAGGGACGAGGUCUUCAUGGAAGUUUUGUAAAGAAGCUCCGAGGCUUUCAUUGGACAGCAGAGCUGUUGUUGAUGCUAAAGGAACUCUUCGACCGAGGGACCUACGAACAAAGGCGUCGGUUCUAUCAGCAAACAAAGGUGAGAACACAGAGGAUGGUGACGACAAUCAGCGUCCGUGCCCGAGUGUCAUUGCACGGCUAAUGGGACUUGAACCGUUACCCCAAUCAAGCCCCGAAACUCUGCCAAAAGUGGAGUUGCGAAGAUCUGCUUCAGAAUCCAGAGUAUCACGGGACUUGUUUAAUGGUCGUUUUGUGGAUGGAAACCAUGUGGAUUCCAAAGAGAUAAACCAUCCUCGAUCUAACAUAUCAAACACUGCAAUGAAAGACAAUGCGGCAAAUGAACGUAGAAGCUCAAUGGACCGGAUGGGUUAUCCUUUGAAGAACGAGAAGAUUGAAAGACCAAAGGCUUCAAACAGAAGUUUAAGUUCAUCGCCGUGGAAGGCACCACAACUCAGGAAAUGUUUCUUUGAUACGGCAGACAUUUUCCCGGAGCCAAAGCAGACAGUCUCACUCUAUGGCGAGAUUGACAAGAGACUGAAGAUGAGAGGAAUUGAUGAGCCUUCUAAAGAUCUCGAGACAUUGAAGCAAAUCCUUGAGGCUUUGCAACUCAAAGGACUCUUACAUAACAAAAGACCAUUGGAGCAGAUUGGCCAGCGGAAUUUUGUAUAUGAUCCUACUUUCUCAUCUGAUGAAUCCCCAAUAGUCCUUAUGAGGCCUUCGAGAUCAGUUUCACCAAGCCAUAGAAGAAUGGCAAAUGGUACACCACCCUCAAAUGUGAGAAGCCGAAAUGUCAUUGGCCGGAGACCCAAUAAUCUCUCUAGCGAAAGUCUUCCAUCGGUGAGCCCAUGUCGGGAACGGCCUAAUGCUCGAAGUCCAAUAAGAUCUAGAGAUUCCAGCUCGCCAACUCAAAGAGAAAACAGUGUGAGGCUUUCUAGUUCUGUGGCCAAACCAAAGAACCUGAAUGUUGAGAAUCGUAGAAGAGCAGGAGAGCCAAUUGAGAAUCGAAGAGUUUCUCCAGUUCAGUCACCCAAGCUUAGCUCGAGGAGAACCAGUUUGGAACAAAAUGGCGCAAAGGGAUCACCUAGAAACAAGAGAGAAACGAUGGAAAGUAAGCAGAAAGAGAAGAUCACAACGUUUGUUGUGGAGGACGAGUCGUCUUCCAUUUCUGAAAGCACUGUUAGCUCAUCUUUCCAAACCGAUGCAGAGAGAUCAAAUUUGGAGGAAUACAAUGAAGGAAGGAGCCUUUUGGAGAGGUGCGAUAAGCUGCUUAAUAGCAUAGCAGAGAUGACAGCCCCUGAAUCACAACCGAGUCCGGUGUCAGUUCUUGACUCAUCAUUCUACAGGGACGACUCACCAUCCCCUUCACCCAUUAUGAAAAGGAACAUUGAUUUCAAAGCUGAAUCAGAUGUUUCUGGGGAAUCGGAGGAAGAAUUAUGGCUCUCAGCAUUUUCACCUAUACGAUCAAAGUAUAACGAUUCAACGGAUGACUCUCAUCUUGGUUACAUUUCAGACAUCCUUAGAGCUUCCUGCUAUCUGCCUGAAGACUCUGAUGUAUUUUUACUGUUGGAGAAGCAGCAAUAUCUCAAAGGAAAGGACACGUCUAAGGUCUUUAGACUUGAAAGGAAGCUAAUCUUUGACACUAUCACUGAAAUUCUUGAUAGAAACAAGCAACUUCCCCCAUGGAAAGUAUUUGCAAAACCAUCAGCAGAAAACAUUUGGACCGAGUUCCAAAGGAUCCAAGGACGGGAAAGUGGUAACAACUUGGUCGAGAUCAUUUGUGAAGUUCUCAAGAAAGACUUGACUCAAGACACUGUCAAUGGUUGGGGAGAUUGUCCAGUGGAGAUGUCCGAGGCUGUCUUGGACAUGGAAAGACAGAUAUUCAAGGAUUUAAUAGUCGAAACGAUCCAAGACCUUGCUGUGAUUGGCUGCAAAACUACACACUUGACAGCUCCGUGUAGGAAGUUAGUUUUCUAAGCUGAUAAACAAUAGUUGGAAGAAUAAUUUCAUUUAGAAGCCUCCUUGUUUUCGUGCUUUUUUCCUUUUAAAUUUGUUUUACCACGUUUUAGGUUAUGGUUCCUAUUGAUUCUUGACUACCUAGGAAGUACUAAGCUGUUGUAAUAGUCACUUUCCAAGAUGUAAAAAAGGGGAAAGUGUUGUUAGACUGGACUGAAAGUUUGGAGAUCUUUCUUUCUUUCUUUCUGUGAAAUGCAAAAAGUUUGAGUUAGUUGGCAGAAAUAAUUAGUUAUCAUGUGA